AUGGCGGUGGGAGAGAAGAAGGAGCAUGAAGGAACGGUGGUUGAGAGCACCGAGAAGAAGAAUGAUUCCGCCUUUUUAUCCUCUCCCGUUUCCGGCGGCGGCGAAGAGAAGAAGAAGAGUAAGGGUUUAUUGUCGCGUAUUUGGAAUGUGAUAUUUAGGGUUAGAGGAGACGAUUUCGAGAAGAGACUUGAAGUCAUCUCUAAAGAAGAAUCUACUGUUCGAUCCAGAAUGAAGCGAAGAUCGAUUACAAGGAGGAAACUCAUUAGAAAUCUCAUCGCUUUCUCUGUCCUCUUUGAGAUAAUUGCAGUGGUUUAUGCGAUUAUGACAACAAGAAAUGAGGAUUUGGAUUGGAAACUAAGGAGUUUCAGGAUCUUGCCAAUGUUUCUUUUACCUGCUAUUGCUUCUCUUGCCUAUUCUUCAAUCGUUAGCUUCUCGAGGAUGUGUGACCGCAGAGAUCAAAAGACCUUGGAAAAGCUUCAAGCAGAAUUGCUGGGAAAGAUCAAUGAGUUAAAAGAAAGGACCAAUUAUUACACCACACAACAACUUAUUCAGAGGUAUGACCCUGACCCAGCUGCAAAGGCGGCUGCUGCAACUGUUCUGGCAUCCAAGUUGGGUGCUGAUUCAGGCUUGAAAGUAUAUGUAGCAGAUGAAUCCCAACUUGACCCCUCUACAGGCAAGAGCAAUGACAUGGAAGUCAAACACUCACGAGGGCUCAGGAGUCGAAAAGAACCAAUUACAAGACGCAACAGUGCUGGGACCGCUCCAACCCAUCAUUCUGAUAAUGAAUCUAACCAUUCUGGAACAAGUGAAAUAAUCACCGGCACAGAGCAAAACCAACAGAUGGUGUUUGAGCAUUAUAAUCCUCAGGGAUAUGCUGCUCAUGAUGGUAGCUGGAUCUCACGCAUUGCAGCUCUCCUUGUGGGUGAAGAUCCUUCUCAGUCAUAUGCACUCAUCUGUGGAAACUGCCAUAUGCACAAUGGACUCUCCCGGAAAGAGGACUUCCCGUACAUUACUUACUACUGUCCUCAUUGCCGAGCUCUGAACAAACCUAAACAUUCAGAAGAGCAUUCACUUGUUGCUCCUGCUGAUACAGUCUCUUUGAAGCCAAUGGAAAGCGAAGUGAUCAAUAGCAGUAGCUCGGCAAGUGAACGUGGUGACAGCCCGAUUCCUUUGUUAAACACUCCAGAGAUUGUGGAAGAAGUCUCGGAAACAACUGAGAGCGGGACACCGAGCUGA